UAUGUUGUAAGCUUCAGUAAUCUAGUUAGAAUAUAUGAUGAAUUUGUGAACUGUGUUUCAUUGACAUUUCACAUUUUUUGCAAAGGAGACUCCAUGUGAAUUGAUGGUUGUAGAAUUAUUGACUGGAAUUGUAUUGGCUAUUGACUUUGCUAUUCCAUGACGUCUGGGAUUCCAAAAUGGCAGAAAGUCAUUUUAAUCUGAUCAGGUCACCUUCAAAAGAAGGGACAUUUUCAUUAUGGCUGACAACAUUCCUGUCAUUCGGCAGAUUGACAGACAACUGUUGAACUGUGGGAUUUGUCUGGAGCGAUACAAAAGUCCAAAAGUUUUGCCGUGUUUGCACACUUUCUGCGCUACCUGUUUAUCAGAUUAUAUUCCAUCAGAAAGUCUUUCGGUCACAUGUCCCAUCUGCAGACAACAGUCAAUUUUACCACUAGAGGGAGUUUGUGCAUUACAAACAAAUUUUUUCAUAACAAACCUAAUGGAAGUUGUGGAUCAGCCAAAUAUUUGUCGAACCUGCAGUGGACAGCCAGCACGUCCAGUGUCAAAAUGUAUGGACUGUAAUGAAUAUCUGUGUGAUAAUUGUACCAUGACUCAUCAAGCUUUAGAACAAACACAGGAACAUAAUAUUGUCUCAUUACAAGAUAUAUCUGGCUGUAGUGACAGUUUGGAAGAACCAACACUGGUUUGUCCAAGUCAUGAUGGGAACCAGUUACAUUUUUAUUGUUGUGCAUGUGAAACAGCUAUGUGUGAAGACUGUACAGCUGUAGAACAUAUGGGGCACAAAAUGAUCCCAUUGGAGGACGCAAUACAAGAACAUAAAAUAUUACUUCAAAGUUUAAUACUUGGUGCUCGAGAACAAGUCCCGUGUUUAGAAAGUUCUAUUACCAUGGUGUCGGAAGUUACUGAAUCUCUACAAAAUAAUAGCAAAGCAGCAGAAGAUAAAAUUAAUCAAACAUUCAAUGAUCUAGUCAAUGUUAUUAGUGAACGAAAGACUGCACUUAUUGCUGAACUGCAAACAAUUUACGAUCACAAAUAUCAAAUAUUACAAACACAGAAAGAUACAUUAGAAAGUAUUCUGACCAGAAUCAAUAAUUGCUGUGAUUUCACUGAGGAGAAACUUAAAGGAGGAAAUGAAACUGAAAUCCUCUUAAUGAAAACCGAAAUGUCAGAAAAAUUGCAGGAAUUAGGUUCAAUAAAAUUACAGUAUCAACCAGAAGAAAAUACUUGUCUAGUCUAUGAUUCAUCAAAUUUGUCUAAUCUACACAGAAGCAUUGAAAAAGUUGGCUGUAUUCAAAGUAAUAGUGCAAUAGCUUUUGAAACCACGGCAACGGGUGAAGGUCUUAAACUUUGUUACAUUGGACGACCUUCUGUUGUAACGGUUACCACUAAAGACAGAAAAGGGGAACUAGUCAAAUUGGGUUAUGGAACAUUAACAGCAGAAGUUAAAAAUGAAACAGAAGAAAAAGUCAUUCCAACAGUUCUAGAUAAUCUCAAUGGGACUUACGAAUUGUCAUAUUCGUUGUCAAAAGAAGGUACAUACAAAUUAGAGGUCAAAUUGUAUGAUCAACAUGUUAAGGGGUCGCCAUUUAAGGUCAAAUGUAUUCCUGGAGGAGAAGAAUUAGAUCAUUUUGGGGGCUCAUCCAAAAUUCCAAGGACAGUCAAUGUCAAACAGAAAGGAACAAAAAGGCCAUCAAGUUCAAGGUCACAUGGGUCAAACAGACGUAGCAAUCCAAUAGAAGAUGACUUGCUGAUGAGAGUAGGCACUAAAGGAAGAAAUAAAGGAGAGUUCACCAAUCCACAGGGUGUAUGGGCUGUAAAUGGAAAAGUGUUAGUUGCAGAUAGUAACAACCAAACAGUUUCAGUGUUCAAUACAGCUGGUGAAUGCAAAUUACGAUUUGGUGCACCAGGUAGAAUAGCUGGAAAAUUACAGAGGCCAACUGGAGUGUCUACAACUGUCAAUGGGAACUAUUUAGUUGCAGAUUAUGAUAAUAAAUGGAUCAGUGUUUUUUCCCCAGAUGGGAAGUACAUUAACAAAAUCGGCACUGGAAAACUUUUAGGACCCAAAGGGGUUGCUGUUGACAAAAAUGGUCACAUUAUUGUAGUAGACAACAAAGGAAGUUGUGUUUUCAUUUUUCAAUCAAAUGGAAAACUUUUGUCAAAAUUUGGCUCCCGUGGUAACCGUGAUUGGCAAUUUGCUGGACCUCAUUUCGUAGCAAUUAAUUCUAACAAUGACAUUAUUGUCUCAGAUUUUCACAAUCACUGUGUUAAAGUAUUUAAUAGUGAAGGGAAUUUCCUAUUUAGUUUCGGAUCAAAUGGUGAAGGUAAUGGACAGUUUAAUGCUCCAACAGGAGUAGCUGUGGACCAAUUAGGAAAUAUCCUUGUAGCAGAUUGGGGAAACUCAAGAAUACAGGUUUUUGAUAGCAAUGGUUCAUUCCUGACUUUCGUAAAUACAUCAGCAGACCCAUUGUAUGGACCCCAGGGACUGACAGUAACACCAGAGGGCCUUGUUGUGGUUGGUGACUCUGGUAACCACUGUUACAAGGUCUAUAAAUAUCUCCAGUAGUUCUUUUAACACAAACAUGUGACCAACUACCAUUAAUUUGCUGUUUCAGAAUCAAAAGGACUAUGGAUCAUUUCCUUGUUUGUAUUCCAAAUUAAGAUCAAACAUGUCAUUGGUUGAAUUUUCAUUGUUUCGAACAUUUUAAACCAAUCCCAAUGUUCUGAUGUUCAUUUUUGAAAAUAUCACCAGAAUGCAUUUGAUGCUGAAAAAGCUGAAUUGGGAAAUCAUUGAAUGAAACAUACACAAAUAUUUUGUAAUAUUUGAACCCUUAUCAGCUGACAUGUCACCAGUAGGACUGAAGGCAUUUCUUAAAAUAUUUGUUUUUUUUAGGUCAAUGUAUAUAAGUAAACAAGUGGAGUUGUACAAAGAAUUGGCUGCAAUCAUUCUACAAUAAUGUAAUAAGCAUAUAAGUGUUUUCAAAGGAGUAGGCACAAUUUGCCAAAAUACAAUUCUAAUUGUAAAAUUUUAUAAAUAUUAGUCGAAAAUAAAGAGUUGUUGCAAUAUGUAGUUGCAUGGCAAUCAAUUUGAAAUUGUCUAUUAACUGUUAAUGAGAUAUUGUUUUCAUAUACUCAAUGAUUUUGUGGUAAUAUGAAUAAAAAGGUCUUUAUAAGUGGACUUUCAAGGAAAAAUUACCAGUUAUUAGCAAAAUUUUAGACUAAUUUCAGGUUGAUUUUUGCAACAAUAACAAAAAAGAAGCAUCACAUCAAAAACUGUUCACCAUUGAGAAUAUAAUCACAUAAUAUAUUUAUUUUGUCAGUAUCUUUUUAUACAAUGGUUGUGCAAGACACCAUUUGUUAGUCAAAUUAUAAAUACCAAGGUUCUAUGUGUAAUUUUGUCAUUUUGCUUUAAUUACUGUGAUUUGACAGCAUUUAACCUGUAAAUUUGUAACAUAGCUAUAUUGGACGCCUGCUAUCAAAUUGAAAACAAAAUUUAUUUAUAGAGUAAAUGUUGUCCCAAAUCAAACAUUCUUUUUUAUGGAAUUUUGCUUAAGAUAACAUGGUUUUGCAAUAAUUUUAAUGAUCAGAUUGAUCUUCAAAAAUAUUUUGGUAGAUCAUAUCUUGAUGUCUGAAUGCAGUCAACUUUUAAAUUGUACAAAUAUCAUGAAAACAAAUAUUGUUGUUUACCUUGGCAAUCUUAACUCUUUUUCACAUAGAAAGGGAAGUAACUCUAAUCAUUUAUUAUAACUGAGUUUCUAUUAUAAGAAAAUUUAGUAUCCUAGGAGUUUUCAUAUUCUUGAAUUUUGACAGUUUUUGAAUUUAAGUUACAAAAAUGACACAUAAGAGCCAGACCAAUAUUGCAGUUUAGGGAUACUAUAAAAUGCAUUGGUAUUUUUAUUCUAAAUAAUGGUAAAUCUUUUUGAAUUAUUUCACAUUUCAUAUGUCAUGUAAAUUAGCGAUUUAAGGUCAAUGUAUAUAUGCUUAUUUAUUGUGUUUCUUUUGUAAAGAAAAUGACAAUGUAAUCUAAUGCAUUUUUUUACAUGUUGAUGUUGUAAUGAUUUGUGAAAAAAUUCUCCUGACAAAUGUAUGUACAUCUCCUUACUGUAUCUUUAUAAAGGAAAAUAAUUGUUUGUAAAUGAUUGCUUUUACACUUUGUGCCUUUGAUAUUAGUGCUAAAAGAUCUUCCAAUUUACUUAUUGUUCAGUUUAUAUUUUGUUUUUUUGUUUUUAAUGCUUUCAAGGAUGUAAUAAAUCAAUGCAGUUACUAAUUAUAUUCUCUUGAAUUGUUUUUGAAAUUGAUCUGCUGCUCUCCAAUUUGACAUCUGUUCUUUUAAGGAUCAUCUCUUAAUGACUGUCAAAUAACAGAAAAAGCCCCUAGGCAGUUAAUAUUUAAAAAAAUGAAGAAAUAAGUUAUAAGCUAAUAAUGGGCAGUUUUUUUGUUUUAAAUUUAUUUUUAUUUUCUACAAUGUUUAUCUGUAGAUUAAGAGUCGUAUUUAGAUUUUGUUGGCUAAAAAGUAACACAAAAUAUUCUCUGAUUUGCAUUAAUAGAUAACAAUUUAUCUGUGUAUGAAGAGGUAUGUUUUUUUUUUGAAUUUUCAGACCUAUGAAUGUGGAGGGUGUUAAAGUUUUAAUUGAUCCUUUAAACCCAAUUUAUUUUGCUGAAUACUCCCUCUCCAUAUAACAAGAACUGUUAAUUUGUUUGCCAGAUGCAGUGCAUAUGUAUUUUCUUUGGCUGUCACAUGCAGAUUUCAUCAUUUCUAAAAAUGAAACUACAAGUAAAAUCAUAUAGAUUAGACUAGACAUGCAUUUGUAUUUAUUAUUACUGCCAUGCAUGUCAACCUCGUCUCUCUAAUAAAUUUUAUUCUUGGAAUGCACAUAUAUCAGUCACAAAAAGCAUCAUCUAGAUUUAACACAUGUAACAAGAUAUUUUAUUGUGUGGUGUGUUUAAUUUUAUAUGACUAGAUAUUUUUUUUUUUGGUUUUUGUAAAGAAAUAUGAAUAAUACAGCUUGCAUUUUUAUAACAAUCAUAUUGCCCAUCUACAUUAAUAUAGUGUUUUUAUUUUAAUGUAUGCUAUUUUCUUUGUGAAGCAAUUAACAAGGGAGUGUUUUUGAUAAAUAUACCAGUGAUUGAACAGUUAUCUAUAGAUAUACAACUUAACUUAACUUAUACUGGAACUAGUUGUUGUUUUGAUCUUUCUGCUUGGUGCUCUAUCAUUGAUGAGGACUCCCAUCAGUUUUCGGACACAAUAUAACCAAUGCAAAGCAUUAUAGCCAUUCCAAAUAAUCCCAUCUUUAAAAGGUAUAUCUGUGAUUUAUGUAAAUAAUUUACUGCAGAACUGAGGUUGUUUACAUAAACUUAUAAAGCAUACAUUCCUCCUUUAUUGUUUUUUUUUAUUUAUUGAUGUUGUAUGUUGCUAAUUUAUUGAAGAAUAUGUUUAUUUAUGAUAUUUUUUAUUAUGUUUUCAAUUUGUGUUGCAUUGUUAUGAAUAAUAAAUGUGAUCCAGCUUUUAA